CCCGCCCCGCGAACCCGGAAGCGGCCUGGGGCUGGGCCGGUGCGUCGCGGCGGAGGGGACUCGGGGGCCGCCUGCCCGCCGCCCAGCGCCCUCGGGCGGGGACCCGGCGCGGCCAUGGCGCGCGGCCUCCGGGGCUGGCUGGGCGGCUGCCUGCUGGUGACGGCGACAGCGUUCGGAGCGGUGCCUCCUCCAGAAAACGUCAGGAUGAAUUCCGUUAAUUUCAAGAACAUUCUGGAAUGGGAGUCGCCCUCGUUUCCCAACGGGACUCUGACUUUCACAGCUCAGUACCUCAGUUACAGGAAGUUCCAGGACAUUUGCGUGGGCACCGCCGCCACGGAGUGCGACUUCUCGGAGCUCUCCAAGUACGGCGACCACACCCUGCGCGUCAGGGCCGAGCGCGGGGACGAGCACUCCGACUGGGUGAACAUCACCUUCUGUCCCGUCGACGACACCGUUAUCGGACCUCCGGGCGUGCGAGUGGAAGCGCUGGCUAAUUCCUUACACGUCCGCUUCUUAGCCCCGAGGAUCGAGAAGGAACAUGAGACGUGGACCAUGAGGAACAUUUAUAGCUCGUGGGUUUACAACGUGGAAUAUUGGAAGAACGGCUCGGACGCCAAGCACCCAGUGACCUGUCAGUAUGACUUCGAGGUCCUCAGAAACCUGGCGCCGUGGACCACGUACUGUGUUCGAGUCCGGGGCUUUCUUCCCCAUCGGAACAAAACCGGGCGGUGGAGCGAGCCCGUCUGCGAGGGAACCGUCAGCGACGACAGCGCCCCCUCCUGGAUCGUGGUGGCCUCGGUGCUGGCGGCCUCGGUGCUGGCGGCCUGCCUGCUGCUGGCCGGCUGCUUCGCGCUACUGUGGAGCAUCUACAAGGGCACCAAGUACACCUUCUCCCCCGGCAACGCGCUCCCGCAGCACCUGAAGGAGUUCCUGAGCCGCCCCCAGCACAACCGGCUCCUGUUCCUCUCCUUCCCGCCCUCGGACGAGAGUGACGUUUUCGACAAGCUGAGUGUCGUCACCGAAGUCUCGGGAAGCAGCCCGCAGCCCCCGGGGGACAGCGGCGGCCUCGGGACCCCGUCGGGGCAGGGCCUGCCCCCCAGCUAGCCCCUGGGAGGGGUACACCCCACUUCUCAGCACUGCCUCUGAGGGCGACCAACCACGAGGCCGGGACCCCAGCCCGGGACUCAGACGCUGGGCCAGGUCCGGAGCCUCGAACCCAAGCCUGGGUUGACCUGCCAGUGGACACUCGCCAGAGGACGCCUCACGGGGCCUGGCCGCACACACCUCUCGGCGCCCUGACCUAGGAACCGCGCAGUCGGGAGAAACGGAAGCGCCAGCCCGGGGAUCAGAGCGGAAGCGGGAAAAGCCGACCCACCGCCCGACGCCAUCAAUCGAUGGGGAAGGACGCUGGACAGCGCGGACUUGGGUUCUCGGGGUGCCUCCUCGGGGUCAUGUUCCUCCUGUUCUAUGUGGGGCCGGCGCCCCAAUAAAGUUCUCCUCUCUGGUCGGCA